UGGGAUGUGUUUCAGGCACACCGGAUGUGUUGCUCAAGAAUUGUAACAUAAUUACAUGAACAUUAAAAGGUGUUCAAAAGUUUUGAAUUAACUUUUUUUUACGUGGAUCUCGCAAACUGUGUUCAGCCACGUGUUUUCCAGGUGUACGGGUGAUGUGUUUUCUCCCUGAAGUGUGUCAUCUUGACUUGAGAGGUAAAGUUUUUGCAUGAGUUGAAUCUUGGUCACCAACUGGGAGAGGCUUGGGAAGGCCUUGCGGUUUCGGUGUGGAGUUGUAACCAUGGCCGGGAAUUUUGACGCCGAAGACCGAAACAGCUGGUAUUGGGGGAGGCUUAUUCGCCAAGAGGCUGUAUCACUUCUGCAGGGACAACGACAUGGAGUGUUUCUUGUCAGAGACUCAGUUACGAGCCCCGGCGACUAUGUGCUCUCCGUUUCUGAGAAUUCCAAAGUAUCUCAUUACAUAAUCAACAGCAUCAGCAACAACCGGCAAUCUGGAACAAAUCAAGCCCCUCCUCGUUACCGCAUCGGAGACCAGGAGUUUGACGGUCUCCCAGCCCUUUUAGAGUUUUACAAGAUUCACUAUCUGGACACCACCACCUUGAUUGAGCCUGCCAGCAAGGCCAAGCAUGCCGGAUUUGUGAGCAGCGGCGCAGCCGGACCACCGCAAAAGUCCGAUGAGGUGGAAUACGUGCGUGCCCUCUUUGACUUCCCUGGCAAUGACGAGGAGGACCUGCCAUUCCGGAAGGGGGAUGUGCUCCGGGUAAUCGAGAAGCCAGAGGACCAGUGGUGGAACGCAGCCAAUCUUGACGGUCGUCAGGGCAUGAUCCCAGUCCCCUAUGUGGAGCGUUACCGCCCUUCCUCACCAACUGGUGGAGGCCAAACGAUGCCCGGCGUGCCGGGAACACCUGUCACGGGGGCGUCCGAUGGCGCGGGGUGCGGGGGAGUGCCACCCACGCAGUUAGACUACGCGCAGCCUGUGGUGAACACGCCUUUGCCCAACCUCCAGAAUGGACCAGUAUAUGCAAGGGCAAUACAGAAGAGAGUCCCAAAUGCUUACGAUAAAACUGCUCUUGCUCUAGAGGUAGGGGACACGGUGAAAGUCACUAAGAUCAAUGUGAAUGGCCAGUGGGAAGGCGAAUGCAAGGGCAAGAGAGGCCAUUUCCCCUUCACCCAUGUCCGCCUUCUAGACCAGCAACACCCAGAGGAUGAGAGCUGAGAGAUGGCACAUGCUCUUCCAUAUACUCACUUCCUGCAGGAUCCUGCUGUACUGUAUGAAAGUCAGGCCCAGGCCCUCCCCAUCACGGCCCCUGCCCUCCCUGGGCAAGUUGUGAGUACAGAUGGCAUGGAGACACCCUCUGGCUUCUCUCACCACUUCAGUAUUCAGCAGCCAACGUUCUAAAAGCCCCCCCCCCCCCAACACACACACAGAAUCACAACAUUUCCAGUCAUACUCAGUAUGUGCGACAUACUCAGUAUGUAAUUGUGAACAUCGACCCCUUUCGCCAACAUUUGUACUUUCGAGGAUAUCAUACAGUGCACAUAGAUUUUCUUUUUAAAGUAAUUUGCAGGAGAGGGGAGACUGUGGCGUAUCUUCUGGCUUCUGGCUUUCUGGUGGAGAGAGACAGCAGUAUCUUUCACUGCAUAAUAGGAUUCUAUGGUCUACUGUAAGGUCCAAACACUACAGACUGCCUGAUGUUUUAUUUUUUUGUAUUGAAAAGAUGGAAAAUAAUAUGAUGAGAUUAUGAUGUGAUAUAUAUCUAUAUCUAUCUAUCUAUCUAUCUAUAUAUGUACUAUAUAUAUAUAUAUAUAUAUAGUACAUAGCAUUAUUUUCUAAACAGUAUGUUAAUGUUUCAGUUGUUUUGUGUUAUCAUGGUUAUGCCCCAAUUUAUUUCGACCAAAAGCCAAUUCCAUGAUUAUUUUUGGCACAGUUAUGUCAGAGUAGUUGUUUGAGAAUAUCGUUAUGAGAGUUCCCUUGAAGGCAAAGCUAUUCUGGAUCUCUGAGUACAGUCAGUUGAUCAUAACAACUGUCUGUUGUCAGCUCUGACAGCAAGUGGCAGACGGCCAAACUGUGACUAAAGAACUUUUUUUUCUCGCUUCCAAUUCUUUAUUAGUAUAUUUAUACAUUUUUUAUAUAUGUAUUUUUUCUUCUUGUCCCAAUUCCCUUUUUCCUCAAUUCUGUAAUGGAUCUUGGUCUUUUAUGUUUCCAUCUCUUUCCUGUGCCAAAGACAGACGUGUGUUUGUAACAGAGAUGGCUGUGCAUACCGUCUUUGACGUUUAUGUAUCGUGAGUGACAUGUUGUUACCAGUAAUGCAAACAUUUGUAUUCUUAUGUGAGUAUUAUUUAGAUCCACGGUUAUAUUUUUUUGUUUGUUGGGACACACUUGGUGGUAAACGUUCUCCCCCUGGAGGUAUGUUUGCCCUCCAUUGCUGCUGAGUCAGUGUGAGGUCCAGUGUGUUCUAAGGGGUUUUGUGUGACAGACGUGACAGACACGAACAGCUGGUGUCCCCGGACCGUCCCUCAGGUCCGCCGUCUCCACCGAGGAGACUCUGCUAGAGAUGAAAGGUGACAACCAGCCAGGGUUGGACGACAAAUUAUGCAACACUUAUCAGAAGAGGUGCUGUGUAACAAAUAAGGUAUGUUGAAACAUUUGAGUUAUAUAUAUCUUGGAUGUUUCAACAUGCCUUAUUUGUUACACACCGCUUCUUCUGAUAAGUAUUGCAUACUUUGUAUGCAAUAAAUAUAUGUAACACUUGAAUGAGGUCAAGUUCCACUUGCUAAUAGCUCAUCUACUCUGGUUGUAUUUUUUUCAAGGUAAAAAAGUGUUUUCUUCAUUGGGAAAAGGGAUAACUGAUUAUGAUGUUACUCAUGUUAUGGCUUAACUUAUAAGAGUCUUAACUGGGCAAAAGAGGUAUGUUGGUUUUGUCCUCUACCUCAUUGUGGAUAUGGGAAUCAAUCGCGUUCCUGAUUUGAUGUGUGAGUGAUCUCAGUAGACCAACUCACUGUCUCAACUGCAGUUUUUUUACCUUUUAAUUUGAACAUGCCGCGCCAAAUUUAGAUGUAAAAAACAAAGUGUUAGACAUGCUCAUAUCCCCUAUUGAAAGUUAAUGUUUGACACCCCUUGAGAUUUGAAUAAUUGUAUUCAUUUUGGUUGAAUCUAACCCUAUACUACAGACCAUUAAAACAUACAUUGAUUAGCUUGUAUACCAAGAUGUACAGUAGGUUAGUCUGUGGUAAUGUUACUCAAACCAGAAAAAAAUGUAAACACAGUCAAAUUGAAUGCUCUUUUCAGUUGGGAAGCUUGAAGCAAUAAGCAUAACUAUUUGUACAACCUUGUAUGUAUGGCAUUAAAGUAAUCUCCAUCAAUCUUUCCAUUCAUGUUUUAUUUUGCAGAUAAAACAUGUACAAUUACAAAAUCAGUUUCUUGUUUUAGAAGUCCCACUAUUUCAGAAAUAGAAUUUAAAGUUCUCCAGAAAAUAGUUAGAAGCUAUCACAGUUUGGAUUUUUGUUUUCAAAACAAUCUGUCAACGCCCUCAUAUUUGACUAUGUUCAUCUGUGUAUUUCUGAGUAAUUAUCCAGUCAUAUGUGACCACAUCACCCUGCCUCCACACCACGUUUGCCUCUGUGUAAUCUCUCUCUUAACCACUUCACAAAUGAAUCAUUGGCUGGGGAAGAGACUGGCUGACAGCACAGCGAAAGAAACGCCUUCCAGUCGGAAGCCCUCUGUUUCCGCUAAAGGACACUACAUUUCUGUUGAAGGAAAGACAGAAAAGGAACUCUAUGGGAACCAUGGAAACAUGGACACACUUUUUUCAUUCCGUUUACUUUGUUCUUAAAUUGCUGUGUUGAUAGGGAAACAACUAAUCACGGUGCUUCCAGUUUCCAGUUCCGUUGGUUGAUGUCUCCAAUAAAUCACUGUUCAGAUAUACUCUCCCUUAGAAGGAACAAUUGAAAUUGUUGGAAUUUCCCUGUUAUUUGGCUGAAUGAGUCACAGAUUCAUUGAAAUAUCAAGCUAGUCAUUGUGUAAAUGAUCAAUUUUAUGCCAUAUUGUUUCUUGUGAUGUCUCAUAUUGACACUUAUAUCAUGUCCCCCAUUUCAAUAUGCACCCUGCUUUGUCCUGUAUCAUCAUCACUUGAUAAUGCACCUGAUCUCUCCACCCUACCCAGUACUUAUGGCAUUCAUUGUUGAUUUUAAAAAUCAACCCCAUUAUAGGCUAUUUUGUCAUACAACGUUCCUAAAAUAAGUUCUGAUACCAUAGGCUAUUGUAAUUUGAAUGUCACGCUUUAUUUUCCGAGGCAUGUAAAGUGUUAACAUACUCAGUAAAUAAAAGCAUAACA